AUGACUAAUGAUCUAAAAACAUUCAGAGAUUUUUUAGCACAGUAUAAUGUAGUAGCCGAACAGUGCUUCAUUUCUUGUGUGACAGAUUUCACUAAAAGAACAGUUAGUAAUACCGAAGAACAAUGCUCUGUAAAUUGUCUCGACAAGUUCUUGAAAAUGACUCAGAGAGUUUCAUUACGGUUUCAUGAACUCCAGUUAAUACAGAAUGAAGCUCAAGGAUCCGUGUUAUUAAAUCGCUGA